UUAUAUUCGGACAUUUUCUGAAUGUAACGAUAAAGACGAGAAGUCUGAACAGGAGCGUGUGCGGGUCUUUUCAAGGAUUUCAGUGUUGACUUCUGGGGUUUCUGGAAUCUGCUGAAAAUAAGGAGCAUAGGAAAAAACAGAGGAAUCAAACAUGAGUACCACAAAUGAAACCUUGCACUGCCAAUCCAUCCAAGAAAAUUCGACUUUGUUCUUGCGUAUUAUGAUGAUCAUUGAGAUGAUCGUGGGUCUGCCACUCAACAUAAUAGCUUUGGUGAUUUUCUACGUUGGCAUGAAACUUUGGAAACCCCACACUCUCUUCCUCUUUAACCUGCUUUUAGCUGACCUCCUGGUCCUCAUCAGCAUACCCUUCCGCUUUGACACCGAAUUCCAAGGGGACUACUGGAGGUUUGGAGAGUUCUGGUGCAACAUCAACCUCUUCAUGCUGGCUGUCAAUCGUUCUGCCAGCAUUGCAUUUAUGACAGUGGUGGCACUGGAUCGUUACUUUAAAGUGGUCCACCCGCAUUACCGCAUCAGCCGCAUUAGUUUAACUCAGUCAGGUUGGCUCGCAGGUCUGAUCUGGAUUGUUGUGGUUGCCUUUCGGAUUCCGCUGAUGACCACCAAACUCCUCCACAAGUUUAGUCACCAAGGUCAAAACUUCUCCUGGUGUCGCAGCUUCAACUCCUACAGUGUAAUCCCUUUGGCAAUACAAGUACACUAUGUGGCCUUCAUUGCAGAGUUCAUCCUGCCCUGGCCCUUGUUGCUGUUCUGCUCAGCCCGGAUUGUCUACUUCCUGCACAAACGGCAAUUAGACGGGCAGAAGAAGGUACGGAAGGCCAUGCGAGUGGUAUGUGUGAUCAGUUUGGUAUUCACCUUCUGCUUCAUGCCAAGUGUCGUUACAGGCUUGGCUGGGGUGUUUAUCAAAAAAUUAUACCCAGAAGACUGCAAGUUGUACAAUAAUACCACCCACCUGUUUAUGAUUUUCAUCGGCUUGACCUACUUAACCAGUGCUUUGGACCCUGUCAUCUACUGUUUCUCUAGCACCAUAUUUCGUGAUGCCCUCAAGAGUUGUAUCAGCCACCUAGGAUUCAAGAAUAACUUCAGAGCUGCCAACAGCUCAGACACUUCCUGAAAGGCAAACAUAAUGAAAUAAAUAUGUUUUAAUGAACAGACUUCUCCAGAACCAGGUCUUAGGUUCAAUCCUCAGACUGCUGAGGUGUCUUGAGGAAGAUGUUAAACUACUGACUGAAUAAGGCAAGCCAGGUGACUGAUGAAAUUAUAGUAUGUGUUUUGAACUUAAGUCUGGGUUGAUGAAUGCUGCAGGGAAGUACCCUGACAGGUAGAGUUCUGUCUGCAAGUAUUGUCAGUCAGUGCAUUUCUAAUGUCUAUAACAUCAGUAUAACAAAUACAGUGACCAGUGGAAUCCCUGCAAAUGUUGAAUAUAUAUGCUCAAACUAUAUAACAUGAAUGUAAACAUAAAAAACAACAACAUGUAAAGUGUGUGUGCUAUGUCUUUUUAUUUUUGGUUCUCUACUGAUUUCAGAGAUGUUUAUAAUAAUGCAGAGAUAACAAAAUAUUAAAUUAAAAGGAAGAAACAAAUACAUAGCUCUUGAAGCAUAAUUAAUAAGCAAUUCAGUCCUUCUUGGCUUAAACACUGUCGGAACUAUGAAAUUUCAUUACAUUAUCUGCUUUAUAGUUUGAUGAUAGACUGGGACGUAACAAUUAUAUUCAAGGAAAGGUAAGGACAGGCUUCUGGAUCUGCAAAACAUUUACAUGUAACCCUGUAAAACUGUGUGCAGGACUGUUUUCUAUUACCAUAUACUUUUCAACUGGAUUAUGGAUGCCUAAUAUGACAUAUAUCUGACAAACAUGCAUCAAAGGAAAGAUGAUACAAAUCCUUGCAAAAUGCAUGACUGAAUUGUGUAUACAGAAAAAUAAAUCCGGACACCAGUGUUUUAGUACUCAAGAUAAAGCACCCUAAAAAAAAAAAAGAAAUUAAUGUGAACAAGUUUAGUCUUGGGACUUUUUUAAAAAACAUGAUUAAAGUUGUUUAAUCAUGUUUAAGAACUUCUGAG